AUGUCUUCCACAGGGACAGGAACGAGAUACUUUGCCCGCCCUAAAUCUCUUGACGAGACCUUGAACAAUUCUUCUCACGAGGACGGCGCCCACGCCAAUAUGUCGAGCAAUCAAGUGGAGCGGUCGCUCGAGGCGGCCAAGGAGACCACGGCCUCCUAUACCAAGGCCGAGAAGGAGCCUGUGUCUGCGAAAAAGGAAUCUGCCAAACAGGGAAUCACUUUCGCGGCUCAGGACAAGCUACCGAAGCUACCCAUCCCUGAGUUGGAUUUGACAAUGAAGAGAUACCUCGAUGCCUUGGCUCCGCUGCAGUCCCCGCAGGAGCACAACGAUACAAAGGCAGCCGUUCGAGACUUCCUUGAGAAUGAAGGUAAGGAUCUGCAGGAGCGAUUGAAGAAGUACGCCACGGGCCGGACGAGUUACAUCGAGCAAUUCUGGUAUGACUCGUACUUGAACUAUGAUAAUCCCGUCGUUUUAAAUCUCAAUCCGUUCUUUCUCCUGGAGGACGACCCCACACCCGCGCGGAAUAACCAGGUCACCAGGGCUGCCUCUCUGGUGAUUUCUGCUCUCUGCUUUGUCCGGGCAGUCCGAAAGGAAGAACUGCCGCCCGACACCCUGAGAGGAACGCCGUUGUGCAUGUAUCAAUACUCGCGACUCUUUGGAACUGCACGGGUGCCCACAGAAAACGGAUGUAUCAUCGGCCAGGAUUCCGACUCCAAGCAUGUCGUCGUUGUGUGCCGUGGUCAGUUCUAUUGGUUUGAUGUUCUUGACGACAACAACGACCUGAUCAUGACUGAAAAGGAUCUUGCCAUCAACCUGCAGGUGAUUGUGGACGAUGCCGAGCAGAUACCAAUCCAGGAAGCCGCCAAAGGUGCCAUUGGAGUGCUCAGCACCGAGAAUCGAAAGAUCUGGUCACACCUGCGAGAUCUUUUAACAAGAGAGGAAGGUUCCAACAACGCGGAAUGUCUAAGUAUUGUCGAUUCGGCGCUGUUCGUGAUCUGUCUGGACUAUACCGAACCUGCCGACGUCUCUCAGCUUUGCGGCAACAUGCUCUGUGGCACAAGUGAGGUGGAUCGCGGUGUCCAAGUUGGGACCUGCACCAACAGAUGGUAUGACAAACUCCAGAUAAUUGUCUGCAAGAACGGCAGUGCCGGCAUCAACUUUGAGCACACAGGCGUGGACGGCCAUACCGUCCUCCGCUUCGCUAGCGACGUCUAUACCGACACCAUCUUGAGAUUUGCAAAGUCGAUUAAUGGUCAAGCGCCCACGCUGUGGACAAGUCAGAGUCCGGAUCCCUCGAAACGAGACCCUGACAGCUUUGGUGAUGUGAGCACCACUCCCCACAAGCUCGAAUGGGACAUGCUCCCCGAACUGCAGAUCGCCCUGCGGUUCGCGGAGACACGGCUGGCAGAUUUGAUCAACCAGAAUGAAUUUCAGACGCUAGAUUUUACUGGUUACGGCAAGAACUUCAUCACCUCCAUGGGCUUUUCGCCUGACGCAUUUGUUCAAAUGGCUUUCCAGGCAGCAUAUUAUGGUUUGUAUGGUCGUGUUGAGAACACGUACGAACCCGCCAUGACCAAGAUGUUCUUCCAUGGUCGGACCGAGGCCAUUCGGACGGUGACGCCCGAAUGCGUCGAUUUUGUCAAGACCUUUUGGGCAGAUAACGCCGCCCAGAAAAAGGUUGAUGCUCUUCGAACGGCGACCCAGAAACAUACCGCUAUCACCAAGGAAUCGAGCAAAGCACAGGGGCCAGAUCGCCAUCUGUAUGCUCUUUACUGUGUUUGGCAGCGUAAGGUGAACGACGAGUCGGCGGAAGUUGGCAGUACUGCCGGGUUCAGCUCGAACGGUUAUUCUAGCCCUACCGAUAUGAGCGACGUGGGCAGCCCCAAACGACUUGAGGAGUCGUCGUCCCCCGUCGGCCGUUCUCGCACCGGGACCGAGUCCAGCCGCUCACCAGCGCCAGCUCUACAGCAGAUGCCAGCUCUGUUCAGUGACCCCGGCUGGGACAAGAUCAACAACACCAUCAUCAGUACAUCCAACUGUGGCAAUCCAUCACUGCGCCAUUUCGGCUUCGGGCCCACCUCCGGAGAUGGAUUCGGGAUCGGAUACAUCAUCAAGGACGAUUCUAUUUCAGUUUGUGCCAGCAGCAAGCACCGGCAGACCCAACGUUUUACCCCGCAGCCUAAGAUUACCCGAGCCAGAGAGGCAGAAGAAAAGGCGGGCAAGGAUGGCCGCCUCAAGUCUCGCGGCCGGAUUAUCAAAACUGAAGCUUCGAAGGUCGAUGGCUUCCAGACCCCUACGAGCUUAGACACGGCAGAGGUGGAGGAUGAUGGGUUGGGUGGAUAUGGCUUCUUCGACGCCGGCAUGUUAUUACAAGCGCUCAAAAAGGACCAACCCAAGCCUUCAGAGCAAAUCGCACAAAGGAGGAGGACGGUGGGCAAGAAGCUUGCUUUGAGCGAGUAUUAG